AUGUCUCAUAGUUAUAAUAGUUUAUCUAAUUGCAUAAGUUCAUUGAGUGCAUCUGUAGCGCUACUUAACGACUCUCUUAAGACCAUAGAUAAUGCCACAAAAGAUAUACCACGGUUAAAAAAGGUAUUGAGCACGAAUAAGGUAUUCGGUUUAGUCCCAGAACUGGAUUUAGAAAGUGCUAAAAGGAACAUUCAAAAUGAGGUGCAACCACAGAUAAAUGCACUAGUCUUAAAAAUAGAGAAAGAAUUGAAUAAGAUCAAGCGAAGAAAGACUAAUUUGGCAAGCAAGGUUGAUCUCCAGCAAGUACGAUUAGAGAAUGCCGCUAAAAGUAAUAGAGAUUCCUUAAGUGGUAUUAAAGGAAUCAAUGCCAAUAGGAUAUCUAAAGGGGAUAUUGAUGAACUGAAAUUAGCGAGAUUGAAAUUAUUACAAAAUAAGAAAGAACGCUUGAAAUACAGUUUGUCAAGACUAAAUCUACAAGAUAAAAAAGCAAGAUUAAGUACCAUCCCCUCACUACCACCACAGAGAGAUUCGUCGUAA